AUGACUUUCACUGAAGUAGUGGAAGACGAGGAAUGGGGAUCCUUCUACUAUUCCUUUAAGGUGUUGAAUCCAUCUGCUCAUUCAGUGCGGAAGAUCCUACAGUGGAGUCUGUGGACAGAGCAGCUGGUUACUCUUUGGAUUCUCUUUAUUGUCACAGUUGCUGGAAACUCCAUCGUGCUGCUCUCUACGUGGAAGAGGAAGAGGAAAUCCCGAAUGACCUUUUUUGUAACACAGUUAGCCAUCACAGAUGGCAAAUUCCGUGCCAGCUACACCCAUCGAGGGAUCAUAUCAAAGGCUAAAGUUAAAGCUAUCAAGUACAGCAUUGUAAUUAUUCUUGCAUUUGUCCUCUGCUGGAGUCCUUACUUUCUCUUUGAUAUCCUGGACAACUUCAAUGUACUCCCUCAGACCAAAAAACGCUUCUAUGCAUCUGUGAUUAUUCAAAAUCUACCAUCUUUAAACAGUGCCGUUAAUCCCCUUAUCUACUGCAUCUUCAGCAACAUCCUCUGCCGUCCUUUUUUUGGGAAAAGAAGAGCAAGAAACUUAGGGGGAACUUUCAAAGACCGAACUGAUGGGCAGGAAAUGCAGGCUGUGUCCAAGCCCGAAUACAUCUAG